UGAACAAACACAUGAUAAAUAUAUUGAUAUCAAUAUGAGAUAUUUAUUGUGUAGCACAAUAUAAAUUAACAGGGGUUGCGGUAUAGCUAUAUAACGCUAUACUGUGCUCUAAGUGGUCACUGGGACGUCUUACCAUAAUGAUUGCUUUUGUAGGACUCCUAAUUGUCUGCUCGGUAGUGUCUGGUUUGCCAGGCCCCAGGGCCGGGCCCUAUGCCAAGCCAGCUCCAGCGCCCUCCCCAAUACCCCGUCCAGCUCCAAAUGCAGCACCAGCUCCUGCGCCAGCACCAGCACCAGGCCCAGGACCAGCACCAGCACCCGACCCCGAAGCACAGCCUGCCGCGGGACCUGACCCAGAUCUGCUCUAUGGAUGCGAUCCGUACCCACGUUACGCAGGAACGCCCAUAGUGGACACUGCUCUUGUCCCCCCUAUUGCGAAACUUGCAGAACCUUGCUACACAAACCCUUAUCAAGUCCCAUAUCUAAAAUACUAUUAACCGUUCAUUAAUAUUUAGUUCUACAUUAUUUUCAUCUAUAAUUUAUUUUACUACUAGAACUUUACCCAAUAAAUUUCAUUAAAUCAACGAA